AUGUACUUCGCAACCAUUGCCGCCUCUGCCAUCGCCCUUGCAGGCGCUGCCUCCGCAGCUGGAAACCCUGCUCACCGCUACGCCCAACUUCGUCUCUGGGGCGAACCGGGUUGUACAACCCUCAACCUCGGGGAGGAGGGUAUCUACGGUGACCAGCUUUCCCAGUGCAACCUCUUGGAUGAGAACGAUGUUGUUCGCUCCGUGAGCUUUGAGGGUGCCGAUGACGGAUGUACUUUGUACAUCUACAGUGAUCUGGAGUGCCACCUUACCAAGCAGGAAGUUACUGUUGGGACCUGCUUGAGUGGAGAGGAGUAUUACCGCAGCUUCGAGCUGUUCUGUGAUGUUUAA